GUACACUGGGAUUGGUCGUGUGUGUGUGUGUGUGUGUGUGUAGCUUUGUAAAGAGGGUGUGCUCAUCGCCACUCCUCUCUUGUGUUCCUCGGUUACUAUUUCCUGGAUACAGUCAUGCGUUGUUUUCAUUCAGCUGUUUUCUUCAUGCUGCCGAGCGGCUCGACUUCCAGGAGUGACAGUCCCAUCUGUGUUUGACAGGAGUCUCCUCUAACCUGGACGGACAGCAGGGCAGUUUGGCAAAUCCUCCUAAAUGUUACCGGGAACCAGGACUGACUGAAUUUGAAUAGCUAAAAUCUAAGGGUUUUCGACAGCUCUUCUAACUGUCUUCCUCACAGCUUUUGAAAUGUGGCUCAUGGUUGUUUCUGUGCCGCUGCUUCCUGCCAUCAUCAUGGUAUCCACUCGUUAUCGUGUCAAAGUUGCCGCGCUGUGCCAUCGAGCUCUGGCCUGGGCACUGAGGACGCUGCGAGGGAGAGUGUGUGUUAGGAGCACCCAUGCGUUUGUGUUCUCCAAAUGCACCCACGGCAAAGUCGACAGCGUCCUGGAGACCUUUGACCUUUAUGCUGACACACACCCCUCCUUCAGCAUCGGCCCACAGAUUGGUGAGGCAUUGGAUGAAGUGGUGAGGCGUGUGCGUCCCUCCCGGGUGUUGGAGCUGGGGAUGCACUGUGGCUACAGUUCUGUCCGCCUGCUGCGUCUGCUGCCCCCUGCUGGCAGACUGAUCACAGUGGAGCUGGACCCACUCAUAGCAGAUCUUGGGGAGGAAAUCAUACUUGUAGCUGGUUUCAAACACUCACAGUUCCAGGUGUUGACAUCUAGCUCUGCUGAAGCCAUCCCAACAUUGCGUUCAUUCCUUGAGCCUGAUCGAGGGACCAGUGAGGGGUUCAAUCUGGUGCUGAUGGACCAUGACCCCAGUCUGUACCUUCCAGACCUGCUGGCUCUGGAGAGAGAGGAGCUCCUUAGCCCCUCCGGCUGCUCUGUCCUUCUGAUCUACAGGAACCAGAGACCUGAAGAUCUUACAGAGAUCCUGGGUCACAUCAGAGCGAAGCCCGACUGCUACUGCAUCACAUCAGAGCUUCAGUUUAUGAUGGAGAUCUUCUACCAAAAGGAAAGCACGAGGGUAGAUAGGUGACGGGAAAAUCUAAAGAUGUGGGUGUUUGCUUUCAGUCUGUGUGGACUAUACCAAGCAGUAGUGUUAAAUACUUCAUUGUCUCUAGUAUUACUUAUGGGUCAAAGGAUUGGAGGAUUAAAAAAUAUGUGCUGAAUAAAUGAUUUUCUAUUA